AUGCAGCGAUUCUCAGAAAGAUUGUAUAGCAGCAUGUCCCAUCGACUAGGCGCUUGUCGUAGUCUUUUGACAAGUGAGACUGCCAAAUUCUGGUUCUGGUCCUAUUCCGUCCAGAUUGGCGCGGCGCGAUUUCGCGAAGAUUGUUGGCUCGUUCCUGGGAUGAUAUGUUUCGCUCAUCAAUUGUUGGCUGAGCGGCUCGCGAGUUUCACGCGGACGUGUUUGCCGGCAGUGCUGAAGUCGUCUGUUGGCGGGAGAUCAACCAACGCGCAAAAUUGGUGCAGUUGGUGUAUUGGCAAAGAUCACAUUGCCACUGAAGUGCAGGUUCGAUACUCGGGCUCCGACGCCGAUCAUUCGACGGAGCUCUAUACAUACCAGAUUAGGUGGGUUGGUGGAGGCGGUGAGAACCUCCGAGAACCUCCAUUGACAAUCUGGUAUGUAUGGGCCUCCCUAUCAUUCCCCGGCCCACGAAUGGUAAUGACAGCUCAUUAUUAUACCCAUCCCUCACCCAAGCAUGCCUGCGGAGAGCAGCCGACGCGGUACAUUGCCACAUGUCCCGCAGGCAGCCUUGCACCCCGGCGACGAAAACAAUCUAUCAGCAGCAUGUCAACUGAUCGAGAAUCAACCUCUUGUAUGGCCAUAGAUGGGUAUGAAGAACAAGAUCUGGAUACGCGGCAGACAGCGAAUGGCAGCAUGUCCUGGCCAAACGAACCAGUCCGAACCUGCGGCAUUCAACAGCAUUCAACACCCAGCAGCAUAAUUGAUCCUUCGAAAGGCCAUACCAGUUGGGGCGGACAGGCACCGCAGCCUUGGAGAUCGCCUUUCUCAGCGCUCACUGGCAUAGCAAGUGCCCCAGAUGAAAAAAGCACACGGGCAGGUAUGCGGCAGUACAAAGGCGAGACUCCCUGCGAGUUGACGGCGGCGUAUUCUUUUCUCAUACCAGUAAAGCAUUCCAUCGGGCUUCCAACAUCUUCCAAAGAAUCGGUCCGAAGGCCAGCAGACUUGCGGUUUUCCCACAAUCCGAGAUCGUUGUGCAUCGCAGACUUCGGAAGCCUCGAUCGAGUAGGGUAUAGUACUCGAGAGACGCCUCUAGACACCAAGAAGAAGUCUGAGGAGUAUCGAGGCUAUGCGAAGAGGACCAACAUCAGCACAAGAAUAGGAAUACCAGCAGAAGAACUACGAAGGCUAGCUGAAGAGCAUCGUCCAGCAUUGAACACAAAGCUCAGCCGAAGAGCAUCGUCUAUCAUUGAAGCAGCAACCCCGAAAUUUGAUGGACAGAAACUCAAGAGUACAAAGCUCAGCCGAAGAGCAUCAUCCAGCAUUGAAGCAGCAACCCCGAAACUCGAUGGAUACAACUCAAGAGUACAGAGCUCACCCGAAGAGCAUUACCCAGCAUUGGAAAAUAGCAACCCCGAAACGCCUUUGGUUGCUGGAAAAGCAGCCAAAGAAAAUCGUACAGCAUUUCACCAAUAUCUCUGGCUGUGGGAGAAGCAGUUGCAGAAGAAGAUCCGACUCAUAGGAGCACCUUCGAUUGCUGAAGAAGUAGCUGAAGAAGGUCCGGCAGCAUCCACGACAUUUUUAGCCAUUAAAGACGCAGAUGGAGGAGAUCGUACAGCAUUUCAUCAACAGCUCUGUGCUAGUGCAGGUUCUGGUGCAGGUUCUGGUUGUAGUUGUGCUUCUGGCACUGGCACUGGCUCGAGCUCUGGCUUUGGCUCUGACUCUGGCUCAGAUUCUUACCGACGCCGUAGACGAGACGAGCAUGUUCUCGAUGCGAAAAUGAAGCGGCGCCGAGUGUACCCCUCGAGCGGUGAUGAGCGACCACUGCCAGAGAGCUCCAUUAAGGACAAGAGCAAGGCUGAAGUGGCUCCCGCUAGACCAAGAGCGGGUACUGGCACACCCACUCGCAAGCCAUUGAAGCCGAUCGCCGCAAUGCAGAAGGAGAGCCCGGGGCGAGGGGUGGAGUGGCUGACGCAACCCCGGAUAUUCGGCGCUGGCUACAACAACAAAACUCUCUCGACAACGACAAGGACAGGGACAAUUGAUGCCAAAAUGAGCAACGCGACGAAGAAAGCCACUGCUCAAGAUGUAGCGGAAGAGCCACUGCUGGUCGAAGAUAGCAUGAACCUCCAUUACCGAAUCAAUAAGGUCAAGCUCAAGUCGUUGAUUGAAGCAGGCGCGACCGGCGACCCGAGACCAGAUCUCGGAGUCUCCAUUGAUCGGAACAAAUGCCUCGGUGAUCAAGGCUCAACCCUUCGCGCCAAGAUGAACCUGGACCUUUCCCCGACCAGCGACCCGUUCGAGAGUGAACUCAGUCUGAAGACGGCAGAUGGCGGUGUAUGCAACGUGCUUUGGACCUUCAGAACGCUUAUUACGGACCUUCAGAAGAGGCCAAUUGGCAUAUAA